AUGUUUUUGAGGGGAAACACUUGUCUGCUGGUCUUUUUGUUCUGCACUUUGGCUUUGUGGUGCAAGUCCACCAGUGCAGGCUCCAGCUAUCUCAGUCCCUCGCAAAAACCUCAGAGCAAAGGGAAACCACCCAGGGUCGGUCGGCAAUUGAUGGAUGAGCCCACUGAACCCACCGAGGACAAACACAUCACAAUAAGUGCCCCUUUUGAAAUUGGCGUCACCAUGAGAGGUGAGGAAUUUGAGGAGUACGGUGUGAUGCUGCAGGAGAUAAUUCAACGCCUGAUGGGAAAAACAGAAACAGGAGGUUCAUCCAGCUCUGCCUGA